GUUUCUAAAGUAUUGGAGGAGUUUGAUGUUGAAGAGCAACCGAAAACCAUGUUAGAAAAUCGCUUUCCCAACAUUAAGAUUAUAGAAUCCGGAGUAAAACAACUAAAGAGUAAAGAACACUGCAUUUUAACAGGAGAUGGCAGUCAGCAUGUGUAUAAGAACUGUUUAUGUGCUGGAGCUAAACCAAAGUUGAUACGUGAAGGAAAUCCUUACAUACUAGGAAUCCGUGGUACACAGAGUGCUCAGGACUUUCAGAAACAGCUUACUAAAGCUCAAAGAAUAAUGAUCAUAGGGAAUGGCGGCAUUGCACUUGAACUGGUGUAACUCUUGGUUUUUUGGAAAUUGAAACUUUAGUUCUUUGAUGCAGGAGCAGCUGAAUUCUUGACUUCAGAGCUCAUUGCUGAAAAACCAGGGGCUAGAACUGCACAUAAAAGAACCAGAUAUACAACUGAAGAUAUAGCAUCUGGAAGGAAAAAGGAAACACAAACCAAAGCUGGUGCUGGUAAUAUGGGCAGUGCCUUGCGACCUGAUUGGCCUGAAGGCUUGAAUCUUAAAGGUACAAAAGAGUUUUCUCGUAAGAUUCACAUCGAAACUGUAUGUGAAGUAAAGAAAAUCUACCUUCAGGAAGAAUUUAGAAUUUCUAAGAAAAAGUCCUUGCCUUUUCCCAGAGACCAUUGUAAUCAGUCAGUCACAACUGAUAAAGGUAAGUAUAUAUAUGUGGAAUUGACUAAUGAAAAGAAAAACGGCUGUGAUUUCAUUGUCAGUGCUAAGUUAACACCAAAUAUAGAACCUUUUCUCUGUGGCAACAAUUUUGAUCUAGGAGAAGACGGAGGCCUGAAGGUGGAUGCUCACAUGCACACGUCUCUCUCUGAUGUCUAUGCUGCAGGUGACAUGUGCACCGCGUCCUGGAGGCCCAGCCCGGUGUGGCAGCAGGUGAGGCUGUAGACGCAGGCUAGACAGAUGGGAUCGUAUGCAGCAAAGUGCCUGGCUGCAGCUAGUUUAGGAGAAUCUAUUGACAUGGACUUUAGCUUUGAACUUUUUGCUCAUGUAACAAAAUUUUUAAACUAUAGAAAAAAUCACCAGUUUCCUAGUUCUUGCAAAUCAAACCUGGUCGUAAUGCUGGGAAGAUAAAACACACAGGGCUUAGGUUCAGGUCAUGAAUUAAUGCUGAGAUGUACGAAAGGACAAGAAUACGUCAAAGUUGUCAUGCAGAAUGGGCGAAUGAUGGGAGCUGUCUUAAUUGGUGAAACUGAUUUAGAAGAAGCAUUUGAAAACUUAAUUUUAAAUCAGACGGAUCUUUCAUCAUAUGGAGAUGUGCUAGAUCAAAAUAUUGAUUUAGAAGAUUAUGUAGUUCUAAAAUGCCUUUUUUAAUCAAAAUGAAGUUCCAAACAACACAUGAAAGUCACAAUAAGGUAAAUGCACUGAUGUAAUGAAAUUAAGAAUACAGAAGUGAUAAUGAUUUCAGUGAGAAAGUACUAAAAUAUAAAUAAAAUUGCAAAGAUCAACUAAUACACAGUUACUUUUUUCCAACAGAAAAAUGACCA